ACUGUCCUCCGUGUCUAUUUUUACAGCUCGGGUAUCCGUUCAUGUUCAGCGCGUGGAACGGUUUAAUUGCCGAAUACGUUCUGUGCAUCUCACACUGUCUCACACCAAGACUGCUGUCAAUACGCUUGCUCAUUCAGAUCCUGGCCGCCACUCUCUCUCCAUUGCGGCGGCGUGGGCAGGAUGUCAACAAGCUACCCACGAAAACUGGACAGGGUCUUACUGCGCAGCAGGCGUAAUCUGAUAAGAUGAGCUUGUGGUCAUGUUUAUGCCCUGUCGUUCCACUCCGCUUCUCCCCCAGUAGAAUUAAGCCAUGGCGGUCACUCCGUACGAUUCUCAGGAGAAGUCGUCCCCGGUUGAAGACAAAGCUUCGUACGAGCAACAAGAGUCCAAGUCUAGCCAUGUCGAAGUCCAAGCUCAGUCCCUCGAGUACGGGUCUUCGACUCCUUCGGGGAAACAAAAGCUGCCCUAUACUUGGCAAUUUGUCAUGAUCAUUUUGACGUGCCUGUGUACAUUCGGUAACCAUUGGUCGAACGGUCUCAUCGUAUCCUUGAAGACGACAAUCAUCAGAGAGACUCAUAUCAACAAUUCCCAGUUCGCGACUUUGGUUGCAAUCACGAACUUGGUCAAUACGUUCUUAUGCAUCGGUCUUGGCUUCUGCAUCGACAAAUGGGGAGGCACACUUUUGUCUUUGAUCAUGGCCGGUUUCCACCUCAGCGGUGCCAUGGUAAUGUCGGGUGCCGCGACGAACAACCUCAACAGCUACCCUCUUCUUAUCGUCGGAAAGGUCCUGGCUGCAAUUGGAGACGGCUCUUUGGACAAUGCCCAACAUCGGAUCUUCGCUACCUAUUUCUUGCCUGGACGCGGAUUCGCCUUCUCAAUUGGUGCCAUUUGGGGUAUCGCCAAUCUUGCACAGUUCACUGGACAAUCUACUGCAAACGUGAUCGCCACGAACCUCGGAUCCUAUGCCUGGGCUCUUUGGAUUAGCUCUGUUAUUGCGCUGUUUUCAUUCCUCUGCGCCCUUACUGUGUUCUUCUUGGACCGAUAUCUUCGUGCACGCUACGACAUCACCGAUCAGACAAGCGGAAAGCGACAUGUUGGAGCGGUCAAAGGCGGCGCUUUCAGCUUGAAGGCCAUCAGGCAUCUCCCUCUGACAUUCUGGCUAGUCGUGCUCUUUGCUGUCUUCGAGAACGCCGGGGUCCAGUCAUUUGUUUCGAUCUCAACACAAUUUGCUCAGCAACGAUUGAAGAAGGGCGCGGUCAUCGGCGGUUGGGUGUCCAGUUUCUAUCUCUUGCUCCCUGCUUGCUUGACGCCUUUCCUCGGGAUCUACAUUGAUGUUUACGGACAGCGUAUCGGAUUCUUGUUUUUGUCUGGACUCACUUUCCUGAUUUCCAUGUUGCUUCUGAAGUUUUCUCACACUGUCCCGACUUUCGUCGCCGCUUACAUCUUCUAUGCUUUGUCUCAGUGUGUUACGCCUGCGCCGCAGGUGGAGAUUAUUCGCUCAAUUAUUCCGGAUGCGCAAUACUUCGCUACAGGCUUUGCUAUUAAGAAAUCUGUCGUACAGGCGUCCAUUGUCAUCAUCACCACCGCAGCUGGAAAGCUUCAAGACGACUCCCCCACUGACUCGCUCGAUCCUGCGGUCACUCUGUGGCUAGUCUACGCAUUCCUUUCGGUCGCUGUAUCUGGCUCUCUUCUCACUAUGUCCUAUGUUGCUCCUAACAUACUCCCUGCUGCUCGACUUUCCCAAAUCGCCCCAAAGUUAUUACCGGCCGAAGUUGACAAGCUGGCUAGUGUUAAAGGGAUUACCGUCAGCAAGGAGCUUAGAGAUAAUGAAGAGGUUGCCGAGGUGAAGAUCAAGGAGAAGCUCCUGAAAGCACCGUACCCUGGUCGCGAGGGAAUCAGGUGGUGGUUCCUUAUUUUAUCCGUUGGAGUUAUAUUCGUGGGAUGGAUCAUGUUUGGUUUGGGUGUUGGCUGGGGCGUUCACGGAAGCGUCAUUGCUGGCACGACUGGAGAGUAAGAUGCUGUAUGUUGAUGUGUAUCUCACUAUGCCAGCUGUUUUCUCCCCAAGUGGAGAUUGGUGGU